GGCUUACACCCUCAACGAGAAAGUGAAACACUUUUAUGGUGAGAAUGGAUUGACCUAUGUCGGCCACCCUAACUUCAUGUCUUCCGGGAGGGUAAGGCAGGAGUUCAUUGCCUGCGAUGGGCUUCACCUGAGAACAGCAGGACAGAAGCAGCUGGCUUCAGAUAUUAUCUGUGCUCUUUCGGUGUGUACGCAACCGUUGAAUAAUCCCACUAGACUACCGUUGAUAACUCCCACUACACCAACGACUUCUACCACGUCGAGAGUGACUUACGCACAAGCCUGUGAAGAAAAACCUGUCGGCGUCACAGCUUCACUGGACAUCACUUCUGAGGUCGACUUUCCACCCCUUGUACAUGCAGCAGUGCUUCCCCGGAAUAAGAUGGCUGACAAGUCCCAACUGGCAGCUGCUUCCCUCCCCACCACCUGUAAGCAGCCGGUGAAGUCCCAACUGACAGCUGCUUCCCGACCCACCACCUGUAAGCAGCCGGUGAUGGAUUACUCGAUGCUUUACGGCGGCAAACAUCCAGAACACGAGCGAAUAACAUUCACUCCACCAUGCAGACCAAAGGGUACGGAAGUGUAUCUGUUCUCGACCGGUGGCGACCCCAACAAAAAGUUUGACGGCCGAGCAGAUCAAUACAGGUGGAAAAAUCAAGGCUCAAAAACGAUAAAAGCUGGCAAGCAAAUACUCACGAAAUAUUAUUUUACAGUAGAUUCUGAAGAAGUCCCACCACCGUUCAGCAAACAGGAAUUCCGCCAUCCAGAUAUCCCCGAUUUAGUUUUAGUUUAUUACAAAGGAGACCAUUCAGCAUACAAGCCCAAGCCCCAUGGUAACAGAGUACAAGGAAAUCAGGAACACCGUAGAACUGCUGCGUCUGUCCUAGCAAAUGCCAGGGAAUCCAACAAAGGCCCUUCAGCAACGUAUCGUGAUUUAGUAAGUGAUCCAUCUGUUUCCGGCACAUUACAAGGCAUCUUGAACCCACGAAACAAGAAACAGGUCCGGAACCAAGGAGAACUACGACGAAAUCAACAGAAACUUAAUCAAGAUACUAUAUACAGUGUUCAAGAACUUGCCUAUCACCUUGAGCCCUUUGUCCUUGGUAUCACCACCUAUCCAGAUCUCCGAAUAGUAUUGGCAUUAGAUAACAUUAUGAACGACCUCAAAGUUAUGGCUGACAAGACACCUGCUACACGUAUCAUUCUUGGAUAUGACACCACAUUCAAUUUGGGAGAUUUCUAUGUAACCACUAUCCUCUACCAUCACGGCAAUUUAAAAAAAGAACCAGUGAUUCCUUUGGCCUUUCUUAUUCAUGAACGUUAA